AUGAGUUCAGUUCAGUCACUUGGUCUACAUGAACCAAGUGCCUUGCAUUACCUCGUGACAGAGUCGAUUCUACCCUCUGAUCCCCCAACUUCCCUCUAUAAUUGGACAGUUUCCCGGGCCCCGAACGACGAUGGAACAGGCUUUGUCGACGAGGAACUCAUCACUACGGAACACUGCGUGGUGUGGUCACGUAAUGGGGUGAUUAAAAGAGCAUUGAACUUAAAUGUGGAGGGUGAAUCUAUUCUACACGCCUUUGUCACAGAGUUUGGGGGUCCUGAAGAGAAGGACAACGUCAAUGAGCAGGAGGAUGAGAGUCCAAAGCCGUUGGAACGUGGUCUUGUCGUUGUCCUCAAGACUCAGGCUCAUAUAUUCCUCCUCUCCGGUGAUGGCUACGUUAUUCCCCUUUGUUUCGAGGUCGAAUCUGCUUUCCCUUUCCCAUCCGGCUUCAUUUUACAGCGAAAGCUGGGAGAAGAUGAAUCUGGUGGCCAUCCUGUGCCUCCACAACAUGAUCUCAGCGUCAUCAAUGAGACCCUCACAUCCAUUGGGGGCAACAGCUCGAGACCCUCCCUGGUAUUGCCAGGGGGACAAUACUCGACUCCAAAGCUGAUUGGCUCCAAUGCCAAUGGCAUGCCACGCACAUUCUCAUUUACUGAGGUGAUGUCAGAAUUAGGUCUGGUUGUAUGGAGUCCAAAUCGAAAAGGCGAGACUCUCGAUGACUGUAAAACACUUCCUCGAGUUGAGAGACUGAUAUUUGUUUCUCAAUCUGACGAACUCGGGUUGUCUCGCAAAAACAGACAAGCGAUCUGCAUGGCUUUGAGCUUGAAUGAGACAAAUUCCUCUUUCACCAUUUGGCACGUUGGACGUGAUAUGGUAGCCCCUCAUCACGAGAAAAGGAGCAGCGACGCUGACAGCAUCAAACCGCGAGCGUCUCUGAGGAAAAGUUCAAACAUCUACGGACGAGACCCCGGUAGUCUCAGGGAGAGUCUUGGUGGAUCUGGCCAGAACUAUCCGGACGGGGCCCUCUUUUCCUCACUGGAUGAACAAAAAUCAUUUCCAGCAAAUGACCUAGCUUCUCAACUUGGUCCUGAAUUUGGAGAUGUGGGAGUUCAGACUAGGUCAGCUCGAAGGGUCAGCUCCAUGAUAGCGCGGACAAAUUUAGGAUCAGGAACUGAUCGAAAUACCUUUAAUGACCUCGCAAUGGGCCACACAGGCCGUCAGGCUCUUAACAGGACGGGCAGAAGAGGAGAAUCAAUUGGGAGUUUCAACGAUCGACAAAGCUUUAGUUUUCGACGGAGGAGUUCGUUUCAAGCCAGCACAUCUAUUUUCAGCGCUGGAACCUCGUUUCUGGAUGUGUCUGCUCGUGGGUUACUAGAAGAAUACGAUCCUCUACGUCAAUCAAUUCGACUUGAGGAAGACACCUUCGAUGGCUCGGAAAGCAACUUACCAAGAGAUAUUGGGUUUUUUAAGGUGAAAAGUUUUCCCAGAGGACAAGGAUCAGAGGAUUCCAGUCCGGAUGUGAAAGUCUUGACAUUGAAGACUCCCGAAACCUUCGACAGGGGAAGCUUACGAACGAGAGACAUCUAUUUGUGUAUCAUGGACAAAAGUGUACAGGAGAUGACCCUCGUCAAAAUUCUUGUAAAAUUUUAUGUUCAUGGGUCUCCUAGGAAAACGACACGUCCCAAAGAAUCGUUUGAACUCAAAGCAACAGAGAUUCGCCGGUUGUCUGGUAUCAAAGAUGCCUGCAAAGUUGUGGAUGGCCCUAUACAGCGGCUGCUAAUACUAACACAAUCACGUUCACAAAUCGCAGCCUUGCAGCUCGAGGCACCAUGGUCUCCCUCUUUUCGAGUGGACCUUCCCACAAGCUAUGCGGUAUUUGACCCAUUUAUGGGUUCACAAGCGUCUACUCCGAGGAAGGACAAAGAUACUGGUAUCAGAAGGGUGAUUCCUGCAACGGAAGUGCAGGUUCAAGCCCUGCAAGAUUCUGGAUGCCCUGCACAGGUUCAUGUGAUUGAUCAUGAAUCACGCCGACAUACCGUACAAUUUCGACUAGCACCUCGAGAUCCCUUGGUUCUGGACAUUCUUAAAAUGUGUGACAUGGUGUUGAACAUGAACCAGCAUGAAAGUCUAGUUGUUGCUUUUUGGGAAGUGUUUCGUUGGUUAAAGACCCAGAAACCAGCAGUGAACUCCGAAUGGGUUGCCAUUGUUGUUGUCCUGUUCUCUCUUGCUGUCCCCUUCACUAGUGACCAGAUUGCACAAUCUACACCUAGCCACCGACAGAAAAAGAGCACUCUACUUCGAUCCAGCAGUGGAAGUGCGAUUGACCUUACGAAUUAUGAUGCCAUGCAUAAUGAAGAGCAUGAUAUGGCUUUCGAAGCUGGGAUGCGUGGCCCAGCUUGGGACUGGCUCUCCCAAAGGCAGCCUCUUCAUACUACCACAACGCCAAAAUCAAGGAACCCAAGAGCAGCAAGCACGUCUCAAUUCGGUGAUAAUCCCAACGACAAGAAGAACUCCUUCGUGAUUAAAUGCGUUGCUUUGGCGAGAGAAUAUAUCCAGACGCCUACAGGUGAAAGUUCUCUGGGAGCAGAGGGCUAUCUACCAACGUCGACCAACAAAGAAAGAGAACAACGCUGCAACGCUCUUCCAAGCAUUCUUCUAGGUCUUCAUCUUCUAUAUGAAGAGAGCAAGCUAAAUAUGACAUCCAGUUCGACAAUGAACCAGUCGAAAAACAACUUGGUCAUGGUCAUGGCUCAGGUUGGGCGCUGGAUAGGAUGGAAAGACUGGACAGCUGACGCCAAUACUUAUUAUGAAUUCGAGUCGACUGAUGGGCCUAGUUGUCUUUUCGAUCAUUCGGUCAUCGAUGGCCUUCAAAUGCCGGCGCAGCCAUUUGAACCACCGUCAAUCUAUGAUCAUCUGGAGAAAUGGAUAAAUGGCUGUUCAUCCUCUCCAUUCUUGACGUUGGCUAGAAUAUCCGGUGCCACCGAAAUGGGCAACAGCGACGACCCAAUCUGGCGGCAGACCGUUGAGUUAACACCCCGGACCAUCGCACUUCUCUCAUUCAUGUAUCAAGCAAGAGAUCACAUUGGAACUCAGCGGACAGUCGAGACAUUGUCCAAAAGCGGAAUCAAUGGGCGAAUCCUGAAUACCCUCCCCGAUGGUGUGGCUGCAGCUUUCUAUCAAGCGAUGGCAUCGAAGCGAAACCAAAUGAGCGGGAGAACGAAUUCCGAGUGUCAUGUUUUAAGGAGCGUUCCGGAAAAGCCAGCUAGUCAUGACCACAAAUCGUACUUUGCUCCAACACAUGAAGCUUUAAGAGACUACCACAGUAUCUGCUCGUCCGCUCUCGAGGCCGAGGCGCUUCAAAGGUGGGAUGCAUCUUCCGAGGCCGACCGACAUGCCAUCACAAAAUUGAUUUUCGAUGAAGAUCGUCGAUUCCCAGAAGCCUCGAAACUUGUGAAUCAGACCCGGCCGCCUGUAGUUGAAUGUACACCAGAAUCAGAUUGGACUGAAGUCGAUCUUUUGGAAGCGCAGAAAGAAUUAGCGCAGCAUGUUACUCGGCGAACAUUAUCUGUGGCAGCAGGACGAGGCAUGAUGCAUUUCAAUGCCCGAGUUCCUCUUUUGACUGAAAGAGUGCCAAUUCCAGCAUUCAGUCUACAGUGUAUCAUGAAAUCUCGCAACGCUAAUGAAAGUACUCAAGCAAUGACAUUCAGCGCCGAUAAAUCGUCCUUCACGGAAGAAAAGGUGUGUUGGGCGUUCUUCCAUAACGGAGCAGCAACGGGGCUCAUGAUUUCGAACGAUGCCAAAGGAAUCGACACAUCCUGGAUUCUUUACAACAAGCCACCAGAACUGACGAAUCGACACGCUGGAUUCUUACUUGCUUUGGGCCUCAACGGACAUCUAAAGACGUUGGCCAAGUGGGUGGCAUUCAAGUAUCUCACGCCUAAACAUACCAUGACAUCUGUUGGCCUGCUUCUCGGACUGUCAGCAUCCUUCCUUGGGACCAUGGACACAUUGAUUACCCGUCUCCUCUCUGUCCAUGUCACACGUCUCCUGCCUCCUGGUGCUGCUGAAUUGAAUCUCUCCCCCUUAAUCCAAACCACGGGCAUCAUGGGGAUUGGACUCUUGUAUCACAAUUCCCAACAUCGUCGCAUGUCUGAAGUGAUGCUCUCAGAGAUCGAAAACAACGACCCUGAAGAAGGCGUCUCCUCCGACGCCGUUCUUCGUGACGAAGGAUAUCGACUUGCGGCGGGAUUCUCGCUUGGUCUCAUCAACCUUGGCCAGGGCAAACGUCUCCACGGUCUUCACCACAUGGGCGUUGUUGAACGGCUUCUCACCAUCGCGGUAGGUACCAAGAAUGUGAACAUGGUCCACGUUCUCGACCGCGCUACCGCGGGAGCUGUCAUGGCUAUGGCUUUCAUCUUUCUCAAAACCAACGACGAAGCCAUUGCCCUAAAGGUCGACGUCCCAGACACACUGCAUCAGUUCGACUAUGUCAGACCAGAUAUCUUUCUGCUUCGAACACUGGCUCGACAUCUCAUCAUGUGGGAUUCGAUCCAACCCACAAGAGAGUUCGUCAAGGCAUCGCUCCCUGCACCUUAUAGGUGGAAGGUAGACCUCGAAUCCACAAAGUUCCUGAAUUCGGAAGACAUGCCGUUCUUCAACAUCCUUGCAGGGACCUGUUUUGCCAUCGGACUUAGGUUCGCCGGUUCUCAGCGCCACGACGUUCGCGGCCUUCUAGUCCGGUACCUCGACCAAUUUCUUCGAUUAAGUCGCUUGCCCGCGCGCAACUACGAUGCACGCGUGACAUUGAACAGCAUCCGCAACUGUCUUGAUGCCCUCGCUCUAGCUUCCGCAUCCGUUAUGGCAGGUUCGGGCGAUUUAUAUGUCAUGCGCCGCCUCCGCGCUCUUCACGGACGGACUGACAAAGACACGCCAUUCGGAAGUCACCUUGCUGCUCAUAUGGCACUAGGCGCGCUCUUCCUAGCUGGAGGAACUCGGACGUUCGGCACCUCGAAUCUUGCAGUCGCCAGCUUGUGCAUUGCAUUCUAUCCUGUCUUCCCCAACGACAUCCUUGACAAUCGCGGCCAUCUCCAAGCCCUGCGCCACCUGUGGGCUCUCGCCGUCGAAGGUCGAUGCCUCGUCGCCCGGGACGGCGAUGCAGGAGGUUCUGCCGUAGGCGGUACAACGGGUUUCAUCCAUCUCCAAGACGGCACGACCCGGUCGAUACGCCUACCAGGCCUCAUCCCCGAAUUCGACGCCAUAAAGUCCAUCGAGGUCAAAGGUGAGGGCUUCUGGGAUAGUUUCGUUGAUUUCGCCAACCAUAAGUCCGCAGAAUACAAAGCACUCAGACAGGACAUCAAAGCCGAAAACGCCGUCAACAUCUACCUACGCCGACGACCGGCCUAUGACAGACCGCCUCAAGACCUCUUGACGGCCGAGCUGCAGGCUAGAAGCGGGGCAGAGGGUAUCCCAAGCGUGGAUCCUAAUGCUGGCGCUUCGUAUGCGUAUGCAUAUGCCAGUGGAAGCGGUGGUUCGGGUCCGAGUACAUUGUCCAAAUCAGUAAAUCCAUUCGAAUGGCUCUUUGAACUCGAUUCAAUGAAGGGAUUCGACCAUGCGGAACGAGCGUUGGUUCUUGGUCCAACGCCCAUGGGUGAUUGGAAUAGACGAGACCUGUUGCAGACCACCGUGGUAGAUUCGAGACUCGAGUUCGAAAAAGGCAUUCUUCCCCCCGGUGACAUCGAUCCAGAGGAUCCUGUUCAUGCGUCGAGCGUAUCUACGUCUUCGCAUAGUGAAAACAACAAGACAUCAACGUCAUCCUCGUCAAUGAGCAAGGACAAACUGUGGCAACUCCGUUUAUUGUUCGCCUGGUUUGAUCGAUGGGAGAGAGAGGACGAAGAAAUUCAGCAGCAACUGCCCGAUGAUGGGUCCGGACAGUCUGAAAGUCUUCCUCCAGAUGCGAACCGGGAUGUCGACGGCGAUGAGAGCAAAUGGUUCAAUUCCUCCGGAGGGACAUGGUUGCGCAAAGAAGUCAUUGAGCGCCUGAGGUGGAGAGUGUGGAACAUGGCCACUGGUGGCGAUGCUGACAACGAGGAGGUUGAAAGACGAAGAUGA